CAUCAUGGGGUUCUUUUCAAUCUACAUCCGCCAUUGCAACGAAGCCAGCGGCAACGGGAGUAUACGGCCGCUGGGUAUGGGCGGACUCUCUCGACGCCUCGCCGCCUCGCGUGGGCUUGAUCCUGCCGUUAUCGAGACGUUUCCCACGUUAAUUUACUCGGUCGUGAAAGGCUUGAAGAUUGGUAAAGGCGCGUUAGAAUGCGCCGUUUGUUUAAACGAAUUUGAAGAGGAUGAAACGCUGCGUUUGAUUCCUAACUGUGACCACGUGUUCCAUCCUGAUUGCAUCGGUGCUUGGCUGGAGUCUCACACCACCUGUCCUGUCUGCAGAGCGGAUUUGACAAAGCCUGCUGACUCGGUCCCUCAACUCGGUGAGUCGCACGACCCCGAGCUGGACCUGGAGGCUCAAAAUGGGGCAGUGAUGGACGAGCCAGAAAACGGGAAUGCUAAUGUGGAAGUGGUUGGACCGGAGCCUGAUGUUAUGGGUGUGAGUGUGGUUAAAACUUUGAACAGGAACCGGACACGUGGGUCGAGAUCGGGUAGGCCAUUGAGGCUUCCUAGGUCACAUUCGACCGGACAUUCUGUGGUUCAACCAGGAGAGAAUACCGAUCGGUUUACUUUGAGAUUGCCGGUUGAGGUUAGGAAACAAGUGAUGAACCGGAAGUUGAGCCGGGCGAUGAGCAUGGUGGUGUUGUCCAGACAAGGAAGUUCGGUGAAGGGGAACAAGAGCGGAGUUGGUGAGGGGAGUCCUAGGAAGGUGUUAAAUUAUAAGCGACUUGAGAAACUGGACCAAGAAGCAAGGUCGGACGGGUGGGUUUUUAGUCGGAACCCGUCAUUUCUAGCAAGAGCGUCGUCAUUUCUGUCGAGAGCUUCGACGUCGGUUAGGUCACCAAAAGUGGCUGCUAAUGGCAGCCAAGGGGAUUCAUCUAGACAGGCUGGAUCGAAUGCGGGUGAAUCGAGCAGAUCACUGGUUUAGUGGGGCAGUCCUGUUUGCCCACUUUUUUUUAUAUGUAUUUUUUUAUUUUUUAUUUUAUAAAUUGUGUAAUAUAAUAUAGGAUCGUCAAAAUGGAAGAGGUCAAGUCAAAUUGAGAUAACGACCCUCUAAUUUAUUUUUUAUAUAUAUAUAUUUUUUCCAAUUGCAAGUUAAAACAUCAUGGGAUUUUUGCCAAAGAAUCAAAGCGAUAUUGCUUGCUGGUUUA